AUGGAAAGAUUAUCAUCAACUCUAUUUUGGCCCCGACCUAUUGCAAGCAGUCUUUCAUUGCGAGGGGAUAAAUUAUCAAAUAACAAACUCCUUUAUUCAGGCAGAAGCACAGACUCGAAUAUUUCAAGUAAUAAAUCUCGCUUAAGUCUUCCUGUACUAAUAUCUACCGAAGAAAAGGAUAAUAUUACUAAAAUUAAACCGGUAUUUAAAAAUUUACUUGAAAAUGUAUCGAAUUUUGUUUCUCAUAAUGGCUCAACUCCAAGUAUUCGAAAUAAAAUGGAAGGUGUGCUAACUGAUGUCGAUAGAUACUUUACUGGAUUUUAUAAUCAAUUAAAUAAAUCUGGAGGAACUACAAUUUCAGUCGCAAAAUUGCAAUCUCAAGGAAACUUAACCCCAAUGAUAAAAAAUACAGCAAUGCCAUUUAUUAAAACAUGGUCUCAGUUUGUUAUUGUGUUAAAAGAGAUACAACAAACUGGUUUAGAUUUGAUUUCCAAUUCAAUAGAUGAUAAUUUCAACUUUAUUUUAAAUUCCCUUGACAAUGUUCUCAAAGGUGAAGGAUACAAUUCGGGAAUACAUGAUCCUGUUGUCAAAAAAAUCAAAAGAUUUCAACAAAUGAUCUGGACUUUUCAAGGUCAAAUUGGAAAGUUCAUUCUAAUGACGCAAACCCAAAAACUAAGCUCAGAAGAAAAAAUAUCUCAAGAUCUAAAGUCCUUUUCCCGCGAUCUGUCUGCUACGUUCUCAACUGAUUUUGCUAACUACGCAAGAAACUUUCCAGAAAACGAACGAGCCAGAAACAAUGCUUAUAAUUCUGUAGCAGAUAUUAUUUCAAUGUUGAGAGCAACAAUACUUUACGAUGAAGAUAUUAAGAAGAUCAACAACUCUCUUGAGCCCCUAAUUCCGACAUUUGAAAUAAUCGCAGAGAAUUUAAAUCUAAAAGAUAUAAUGCGGGGAGAAGAAAGAGAAAAUAAACGACAAAAGAAGAUGAAAAUGAAAAAAGAGAACAGUAACAAUCAGCAAAAUCGAAAUUUGGAUAUUGGAAAUGAAAAAUCUAGAGAUGAAAGCGAUAAUUAUUUCUCGAAAGAUAUAGAUGUUAAUGAUUUGAUUGAUCGUGGAUUCAUUGUGUUCAAACGUCCAAAUCUUACCUCUGAUCGAGUAAAGGAGUUCUUUGAUGCCCUUCGAUCUUCAGUUGGGAAAAUUCUUGAUGCAAAGGCUGAGUUGGAAAAGAUGAUAGCUGAUAAAGAUCAGCAACUACAAUUUUCUGAAUCAUUUAAAGAGAGGUUAAUGCAAGAAACUCAAAAAGUCGCCACACUUAGGGCUUCACUUUCAUCAUCGCAAGACAAACUAAAAUCAUUAGAAGAAGAACUUCGUUCAGAGCAAGAAAAAGGAAAUGUAGACGGUCUUAGAAAAUGUCUUAAGCAAGUACUAUGUUACUUCCGUUCAAAAAAAGAAGAAAAUUCUGACACUAGUGAAAAUGAAGGUAAAAUUGAUGCUUUGAACGAAAAAGAAUUUCUUCAAAAUUUAGAUAUGCCAAAUAGAUCUUCAGAUAACAAUUUAAUAGAUAAUGUAACAAAUUUGAUGAACGAUCCAAAAGUAACAACUUGCAAAAAAUGCCAAGAAUUCGAUAAUUUUUAUUUCAAACUGUCUCGGAUCCUUGGCUCUUCAACUGUCCUUGAAGAAGCCCAAGCGUUGGUAAAGCGUGCUAAUGCAUCAGCAAAGGCAGAGGGUAAGCUCCAACAAGAAAUUGUGGAACUUAGAAAAGAGAAGGCAGAUCUUGUUGGAUCAAUUGGUAAAAUUUUGGAUAUAUUUGGUGUCACAACACCAUCUGCAACUUUGAUAUCUGAAUUUGCUGUUCAGUCUGUUGGGGAACAAAUUAAUCUUCUAAAUUCAAAGCUUAAGAGGCAGGAAGAUUAUAGGCGUCGUGAAAGAGAAUUAAUAUCUAAGAGAAUAAGUGACAUGUUUGUGGUCAAGUUACAAGAUAACAUAUAUUCUCAACUCGAUGAUGUAAAGGCCAAGUUUGCUUUUCACGAAACUACAAUUGAUCAAUACAAAAAUACCCUGGAAGAAGCAGAAACCAGACUUGUGCUGUUUCUUGGCACUAAGAAAUCAGGAAGACCAAUUGUAGAAAGUAUAAAAAGCCUACUUACAGAACUCGAAACUAGGCAAAAUCCACUACAGGGAACUGUUGAUACUCUUAAAAGAGAAAUAAUGGAAUCUACUGAAGCAUUCGUUGAUUGCGAAAGAACAAUGGCAAGAAUAACACGAGAAAAGUUACACGAUAACUCUAAUAUGAGAUUAGAUCAAAGAAUUCAAAAGCUUGCUAAAAGCUUAAGAACCAUAGAGUAA